UUCCAAUAUUUCUUCUAUGUAUGUAUAUCUCUCCUGAGUCCAUUCAUAGUUAGUCUUUCACAGUUCCAAUGUCCAAACGUUUAGCAGAUUUCAAAUAUGGGCCUAAAAAAAUUAUCGUUGACAAAGAGCCCAGAAUCGAGCGCAGAUUUUUGGUAGCAGUUAGGGCGCACGUUCCUUACUUGCACCCCAAAUUCCGAUUCCAGCCCGCCAAUUUAAAACGACAUCAGAAUCGAUCGAUCGACCAUCACUUUCCCUCGUCGGCAAACUUCCCCCGAUCUCCUUCUCCGGCGAAUACUUUUUGUCCUCUCCUUCAAGAUCUGCAUAUCUAAAUGUAUGCACUUUCAACUGAAGAUUCUGUUACGAAGAGUGCAGAAUUGAUAUCCAAGAGGAAGAGAAAAACCGCGAGAUACAGGGCUAACAGAAAGGAAAGAAAGCAAAGGUUGGAUCAAAUGCUGAAAAAUGUGUCGGCUCCUAAAAGUGAAGAAAGUUCCGUUGAGGAUGUUGCUAGUUUAGAGAAUUCAAAUUCACAAUUGCUUCCUCUAGGACAUCUCGAAAUACAAACAGAAUCGGCCCCAACUCUCUUGGAAAAGACUCCUGUUAAGAAAAAGAGAAGAAAGAAAAGAAGUGUGAUGAAGGCGUUGAACAAAGAAGUUGACCCUUGUAGCAUGGAUCAGAACAAUGUUCCCUCAAAUCCCAGCCUGCCUGAUAAAAAACAUGGAGAAGUAGAAAAUGGUUUACUCAAUCCAAAUAUUUCCAUUGAAGACGUGGCUAGUUUAGAGAAUUCUGAUGCUCAAUUGCUUCCUCUAGGACAUCAAGAAAUACAAACAGAAGCGACCACAACUCUUUUGGAAAAGGGUCCUGUUAAGAAAAAGAAGAGGAGGAAAAGAAAAUUGAUGAAGGCGUUGAACAAGUCAGAGUUAGUCAUGCAAGUUAAUUCGGCUCCCAUAACUCCAGGUGACUUAUGCAUGAUGACUGGUCGUCGUUUGAGGAGAAAACUUCUCAUCCUUGAUGUUAAUGGGCUACUUGCUGAUAUCGUCAAUCCACCCCCAAAAGACUGUAAUCCUGAUGCAUGUUUCGCAAGACGGGCAAUAUUCAAGAGACCCUACUGUAAUGAUUUUCUGAAAUUUUGUUUUGAAAGAUUUGACGUGGGCAUCUGGUCUUCUAGAUCCAAGAAGAUCAUUGUUAAAGUGGUUGAUUAUUUAUUGGGAAACAUGAAGCACAAGUUGCUAUUUUGUUGGGAUAUGUCGCAUAGCACUCAGACAAUGUUCAAGACUCUUGAGAACAAGCAUAAGCCCUUGGUUUGCAAGGAGCUAAGCAAGGUGUGGGACAGAUAUGAUCCCAAUCUACCCUGGGAAAGAGGGGAUUAUGAUGAAUCAAAUACUUUAUUAUUGGAUGAUUCUCCCUACAAGGCCUUGUUAAAUCCGGUUCACACUGCAAUAUUUCCUCUUUCUUACCACUACAAGGUCGAGAAUGAUAAUUCACUAGAUUUGAUGCAUAUGGGCAACAUGCAAAGUUAGAUUAACAUAGACGGACUAUGCAAGCAGCAAUCUGCUAGUGGUGAUCAAUCAACUAUGGGCAUUGUGAGAAUUAAGCAGGGUCGGCUUAAUGGAAUUUGUGGCAAUUUUUUAUUUUUCAUAUGUUGUUCUUUUCACUUCAAAGACGAGUGUGCAUUUUGCUUCUCACUCUUCAAGCCUCAUGGACAUUUUUUGCUUUAAGAAAUACUGAAUAUUAGUGAAUUGUGUUUUUCUAGGAAAUUUUAAUUAUGUUGGUAUAAAAUGAUGGAAAUUUUGAUGAUUGAAAAGUUGUACCAUGCUAUAGGCCCUGGAGGUGAUUUGCGAAUUUAUUUGGAAGAGUUAUUAAAAGCCGAACAUGUACAGAAAUACGUAGAGCAACAUCCAUUUGGUCAGCGGGCAAUUGAUCAAACAAGCUCAGACUGGAACUUCUACUCUGAUGUUCUUUCCAGUCUGCUUGGUCAAUCAGGCUUAGAUUCCUGAUCUGCCCUUGUAUAAAAUACGUGUGAUAGAGACUUGCUGUUUAACAUUUUGGGGUGAUCUUGUUUGUGGAGCUGAGACUUGCUUUCAUACUUUUGGCAAAUUUUGAGCGGAUGACCGAUCUGAGCUGUUCAACAAUCAUGACAAAUGUGGACUGCUGCUCACCGGUCUGAGCUGUGCAACAAUCAUGACAAAUGUGGACUGCCGCAGCUAGAAUAUUUUCGAGGUCAUAGGCGGUCUUAUCCUGAGCAGGGUCUUCAUUAAUUGUUUCGCUUGUUAUCUUGCAACAUUAUCCAGUUAAAAUUCUUGAUUUGAUUCCUCCCCAUCUCUAGUAUUUGGGGCAACAUUGUUUUUGUAGCCUAGACUGUUACUCCCCCUGCUGAUUUUGUAAUAUUAUAUGCUUAUUUUCAUGAUAUACUCGUUACCCUGUCUUAUUUUGUGGCAGUGGUGAUUUUGUAGCUUCGGAUUGGGAAUGAAUGAAUUCUUUUGCAAGAAAGCAAGAAAACAAAGUUCUUGUUCA